AUGCAGAAUAUCAACAUGAUAACUAAUCGAGAAAAUACUGAAGGAGAGUAUUCUGGGCUAGAGCAUGAGACCCACGGCAUGUUUGAAAGUCUUAAGAUCGUCAAUCGUAAGAAGAUUGGACGGAUCUCACGAUUUGCUUUCCAUUACGCAAAGACGUAUCACCGCAAGAAGGUUACAGCUGUACACAAAGCAAAUAUCCAGAAGCUUGGAGAUGGGCUCUUUCUCCACGUAAUUUGA